GAGAAACUCAAAAAGUCCAUUCCAUUCCAAAAGAACAUUAUUUAAGAGAGCAUAUAACUUCCCAAUUGGAGCAAUUCAUAACGUAGUCUUGGACCGAAAUCGGAUAUCCUCCCCUCACGAAAAUGAAUCUCGAAUUUGCCCAGUUUCUUGCUGCUAGGUAUAAUAGUAUACGCACCGCGUUUCCUCAAGAAAGUCGACGAAAAUGGCUUCUACGUGCCAUGGAUGCAUUUUGGUCUGCGAAUCCUCCCAUAUCCCAGCCGAACGCUGCUACAGCAUCUGAGGAACAGGUGGUGUCCUCGGAGGACGCAGAUCCCCUGGAUCAAUUGCUCGACGACGUCGACGGAGGCCUUGUCCUCCGAACAGACUUUUCCAACGAUGAGGCCUGGUUAGCUUUUCUUUCUAGAUUGAAAGUAGCAGAGAAAGAGUACGCCCAAGCGAACAAGCCUGCUGAGCAUGAUGAAGACACGAAAAUGGAUGACGACGACGAGAGCGACUCGGAAUCUGAAGCGUCCGGACAGCUCAUCAAGGUCAUCGACCCAUUGACACCCGGGGACCGUUCCUUGUUCCAAGAUAUAUCCAACUUGCGCGCGCUACGGCUGCUGAAUGACGUAGAUAUACGUCCUGCGCCUACACCGCCUACAGGAAAAAAACGCAUCUCAUCGCCGAAUAGGCUAGUGGAUCGGAGUGGAUGGCAGGAGAUAUAUUCAGGCCUUAGCAUCUGGGUAUACGACUCCCGCUCAAACACAGACCAGUCGUUGAGGCUUGUCAGUCAGAAAGGAGAUGUGUAUGGCACCGCAACCGGCGACAGCUGGAGAGCGCAGGCCUCACACAUCUAUGAAUUGCAAUUCAACAUGACCUUCUUGGACAUGAAAAUAAAUUUCGGAGGUUUGGAUCGCUGGGAUCUUGAUGAGCGAACAAGGAACAUGACUGAAGCGGAGUCAUAUAUACCAUAGAUGUUCAGUGAUCAAAUCAUGUAUGGGUUGCGAGGCAAAUAUUUUGAAUUUUAUAUAUGAUCCCG